AUGCGGCGGCUGGAUUCUACGGGAGCCGGGAUGGGCCCGUCGUGGCGGCAGCGGGACUCUCCCUUACCGACCAUAACGCAUUGCGCAAGGUGCAGCACCGUCCGGUACUCCUGCGGCUUUAACAACCCGGGCAUGGAAGCGCCGCGCCACUUCGCUCCGGGUUUCGGCCCGGAGCAGCAGCAGCAGCAGCGCCCGCCGGCGCCUCUGCACUGCCGGCAGAAGCUGGACAAGGCGAGUCUUCUCCAGCAGCAGCAGCAGAGCCCGUGCCUCCAGUGCAACAACUGCGCCUACUACGGGGCUGCGGCGGCGACCGCCGGGGAUAACCUGCCGCUUCUGCUCCGCGCCUCCUCGCCGAUCUCGGGCACCUUCCGCACCCGCUCCUCGCCGCUCUCCUCUGUCGCCUCCUCCCGACAGGGCAGCCAGCUGAAUGUCAGCGAGUUGCCGUCCUCCAGUUAUGCUGGUGCAGCGAGGCAGCCUUCCCAGCACGCUCCACACCACCAGUGCCACAGCCUGCAGCAGGCAGCGAGUCCCGGCAGCAGCGGCAGCAGCGGCAGCGCCCACCACCACCAGCAACAGCAGCAGCAGCCCCAGCAGCGCCGAGAGAGCAAUCCCUUCACCGAAAUAGCCAUGAGCAGCUGCCGGUACAACGGCGGCGUCAUGCGG